AUGACGAGAACGAGACCAUUCUCUCCGGUGAUAUAUCUCUUUUUAUUACUACUGUCGGCGAUAUGUUCAGCCACCGUGGAAAACGCGGGGGAAUGUGCAGCGGUGGGAACACUGGUAUCGUCGUGCACGGAGUUUGUGAAUUACGGGUACCCGGAUCCGAUACCAGGGUCCAGUUGCUGCGACGCGAUGACUGUGAUCGGAACUUACUCUGAUUCGUCGGAGAAGAGAAAGUGGCUCUGUAACUGCUUCAUGGACCUCAUCAAUGUAAAUAACUCUAACGCCACUGCCAUUUCUACUUUGUCUGGCUUCUGCGGCGUCGUUUUGGGAUUCACCAUCGAUCCUAACACCGAUUGCAACUUGUAA